CUCUUCCUCCUCCUCCUCUUCCUCAGUGUGUGUCUCCCUCCGUCUGCAGCAUGGCGUCUCUCGGCCUCCUGCUGCUCGGCGCCGCUCUGCUCCACGCCGCUCAGACUCUAGCUGCAGCUCUUGGUGGUGGGCGUGGCCUGGACGUCUCAGUGGGCGGGAUCAGACGACAGCGCAGAGACCUCCGCAACCGGCUGCCAUAUGACGAACAAAUGAUGUCAUAUCCUGCCUUGCAAGCAGGAGGCGGAGCCAACGACCUGUACUACCAAUCAGAAGACUGGAGAGGGCGGGGAAUCGACCGGGCUCUGCAGCGAUUGGUGGAGAGAGACCAGAGACGGGAGCAGGAGGAGGAGCAACGAGCAGCUUACCUGGCUGCUUUGCUCCGCCUCCUGAGCGAGGCAGAGAGCGCGGGAUUGGUCGGCCCUGGUGACAUGGAGGUGAUGGAGGAGGAGGAGGAGGAGGACGAGGAGGAGGAAGAGGGGCCUCCAGGGGACUUCCAGACCGCCGAUGUCGCAGACUACGAUGAGAUGGGGCGGGGCAUGAGCAUGGGGCGCCCCGGCGCCCCCUGGUGGGACCUGGUGGAGCCGCAGCUGGCUCAGGCGCUGCUGGACAGGAUGGAUCCCCGGCUGGCCCAGAGUCUGCUGCAGAGAACCAGGGAGUCCAGUCGGACCUCAGCCGCACCGAGCCGAGACCAGGACGCCCUCAGGCGGAUGGUUGCUAAGGUACUGUCUAGUGACGGCCCUAACAACGCCCAGGUGAUGAUGUCAUCAGGCCGCAGAGCAAAGAGGGACCUGUCCGCCAUGGCCAGACCCGUUAGCCCCGCCCACAGACGAAUCCGCCGCUCCCUGGACGGCCAGUCGCCUAGCAACGAGCCACCCCUCCUCAGAGUAAAAAGGCUGGACGACGAAGAGGAAGAGGAAGAGGAGGAGAAGCUCCGCCCACGAGGACCCGGGCUGCAAAGGAUGAAACGCAUCGAUACCAUGGCAACCGCUGACCUAGAGGAAGUGAACCAUGGGAGUCGUAGGCGCCGCAGGAGAGCUGUGCUGAACUACGACCCCCAGAUGUUGAUGGAUCAGAUUCUGGAUUACCUGAGGGAGUGAGAGGAGGAAGAGGAGGAGGAGGAAGAUAGUUCGGGUCGUGUCUCACAUUUUUAUUGUUCGUAUCGUUUCUUUGGUUUUGCUGCUUGUGUAAAUUUGAGCGGAUCAAAUGUUUGUUGUAUAAAUCAGGAGAAAUCAGGAAGAAUUUUCAAGAAGAAGCAAACUUCUGCUCUAACAUGUCUCAACACUACAUUACCCAUGAGCCUCGGCUGGUACGCAGUGAUGAUGCGUUCUAUUUACACUCGGCUUCAUGAGUUUCUGGGUGGAAAAACAAUGUGAGCGCCCCCUGCAGUUGGAUGUGUGACGUUGGGAAGGCCUGAGUUCAGGAUCCAAUAAAAGCUGGUUUAAUAAAGAAGUCAGUCUGUUAAUGACGGCUCGUCUCACACAGAAACCCAAACGUCAUCACUUCCUGUUUGAAAACACAGAAUGCUAACAGUAGCUAGCAUCGUCACAGCUCUGGUUUUCCAGCUUCUGAGUCAAACCGAACGCAGCAUCAAGGCUGACCUCUGACCUUCAGACACAAAGUUCUCAUUGGCUGACUUCUAGCAGCAAGGCUUGCUGGGAGUCGUAGUUGACAGGUUCCCUCUGUUAGGACAAAUGGACAUGUGAUGAACAGUGUUUGUGACCGUGGCAACAGCUUCUCAGCUCUGUGAUUGGUUCCUGGUUGUCGAUGUUCCCGUACCUUCAGCUUGUCGCUGUGCUGACCCGCCCGUCUGUGGAGAAACUUUGAUUUGUGUCACAAUAAGAAAUAAAGUCAUUAAAUUCA